AUGUCGAGUCCUGCCGACUCAAAGGCCCCAAAGUCGGCCUUUGAGAGCCCCACGUUUGGUGAGGACAGCUCAUUCCAUGUCGAGCAACCUGUCGGCUCAGCGUCCAUAUCGCCAUGUGGCCGAGACGUUGUCCUGGCAUCUAGAGAGGGUCUGCAUAUCAUCGACCUUGACUCGCCAUAUUCACCGCCUCGUUACCUCCCACACCAUACGCCCUGGGAGGUUGCCGAUGUCCAAUGGUCGCCUUUCGCACAUCGAGAUUCCUGGGUCGUCAGUACGUCCAAUCAAAAGGCAUUGGUAUGGAACCUCUCCAUGAAGAGCUGGGAAAACUCCAUAGAAUACGUCUUACAUGCACAUUCACGCGCUAUUACCGAUAUCAACUUCUCCGCCCACCAUGCCGAAAUCCUCGCUACAUGUGCAGUGGACAGCUUCGUCCAUUGCUGGGAUCUUCGGACACCUUCUCGACCCGUCGUCUCGUUUUCCGACUGGUUCGCCGGUGCAACUCAAGUCAAAUGGAAUCGCCAGGAUCCUCAUAUUGUUGCAAGUUCACACGACAAAUAUCUACGAAUAUGGGACGAUCGUAUGGGGGCAAUACCGCUAAAAUCGAUUGAAGCUCACAGCACAAAAAUCUAUGGUGUUGACUGGGAUCGCACACGUAGGGAAGGCAUUGUUACAUGCUCGUUGGAUAAAACAAUCAAAGUCUGGAACUCCGAGGGCGAAGCAGACGUCCCCGAGAAAGUUAUUGAAACACCAUUUCCAGUUUGGCGCGCAAGAAAUACCCCAUUUGGCUGUGGAAUCCUCGCAAUGCCUCAAAGAGGCGACAACGAUCUCCAUUUGUACGGUCUAAGCUCAACAUCUGAAGAUCCAUCUGUCCACACUAUGCCCCUUGUGCAUAGCUUCCCAGGGCACAAGGGACAAGUCAAAGAGUUUCUGUGGCGACCGAGAGGAACCGUUGUCAACGGACUAGACCACCGAGAGUUUCAACUAGUGUCAUGGGGUGCCGAUCGAGAGCUAAGGCUACAUCGAGUUGACUCAGAUAUUCUUCGCGACGUUGGUUACGAAAAAGGAAAGACUGUUGACCGUAGCUUGCGAUUCACUCGACAAGGCGCUACAUAUAAAACAUUCCGUGAUGAGCCUCUUGACGAAAACCUCGAGGACUCAUUGUACGCAGAAACGGUAAUUUCGGCCGGUACACGUCCCCAGGUUGGUGCUGGCUUUGGGACGAAUAAUGUGUCUACACGUUACUCUCGUGUGUCAAAUCAUAAAAUUCAUAUUGAACCUAGGGUCGGCAUGCAGGGACGUACACAAUUCAGGGCCAACACCAACCCUAUCGCCUGGAUGCGCGGUGUAAAGAUUUCUGUCUGGGACGUUGAAACCCUAGGCGAUGAGAUCACACAUGUGGGCGAAAAGUUCUCCAAAGUAGAUUUCGAGACAGUAGAUGUCCGCCAAAGAAAAGUGACGAUUUCCUUGCAUGGUCCCUGGGCUGCAGAAGGAGCCUCGCUAUUUCUCAAACUCGAUAUCAAAUUUCCUGAAGAUUACCCGCGAUCUGCAAUACCAAUCUUUAAAAUCCAAAAGACCUCCGCCAUGACAAACGAACUUUCAGAAAAAAUAGUAUCGGAGUUGCGCACAAUUUCAGAGACGUACAUGUCUCGAAAGCGAGGAUGUCUUGAAGGUGCUCUUCGUUAUCUUCUCGGAGAAUGCAGCCUCGAAGAGAGCAUUGCUCUGGUUCUCGGAGAGACUAUUGAUACCAUCAAGUCCCCAGUUGCGGGACUAGAUGAUGACGAGUCUAGCGACGAGGAUGAAGAUGUUGGGCAAUUUCAGAAACAAGAUCUCAGCAUGAGUUCUGAGUUACUCCGCCCUAUCAAUGCCAAUGUCAUGGUUCCUGUUGCCAAGGUCUGCGGUGCUACUUGGAGCCAUGACGGUCGUCUUGUCUGCUUCUUCCCGCCGAAGAAAGACAAGCCUGGUUCUCUUUUCGACUCCCUUGGUUUCAAGGAUAUAAGUCGACUUACUCGAAAUGAUAGAAUCUUUGAAGGAUUCGGCCGCUUGCAUACAAGUUCGCCUGGCCAUCUACCCACCAGAAAGGCGCUUGGCACAAUGAGUACAACUGAUGAUGGAGGCUCGGAUUAUUCUGACGAUUCCGAUACGGCUUCAUCAAGCUCGUCUGAUUCCUCGGGUGUGAUACUUGGCUUGCCAAAUCGAUACCAGGCCUCCUCUAUGUGGCGUAGUGUUGGGACCCUUGGUACCUAUCGUACGAGGUCCGCUGACAACUCUCAAUUAUCUACGGUUGGUGGUCCCCCUGCCACCAUCGGUACAGUCAAAUCAUCAGACUCUGCGCAUAAUAUAAUUGCUAUUCACAAUCUCAGUGACCUACUGCCUGCAAAGAGAGCUUUGGCUAGUCAGUACAAAAUAUUCGGACACGGUGCCGAUGUUUGUGCGCAUAACGCAGCAGUGGCAGCGGACUCUGGCUAUCAUCAUCUAGCUCAAGUCUGGGGCCUAUUAAAAUUGGUUCUACAGAACCAAAGCGAUCCACGAGCUCAAAAUAUCGAUGCAAACGUCAUUGCGGGGCGAUUGGGUGGUGGCCAUGUGGCCGAUAAUUUGAUCAAGACGAAGCAAGCUCCGAAAGGGGUUCUACAUCGAUUCGGUUUCAACAAUAGCGCCUUUGGUGGUCGUUGGCUUAUCAAUGCGCUUUUUGAUCACUUUGAACAAAUAGGAGAUGUUCAAAUGCUCGCAAUGCUUUCAUGCAUUCUUCACGAGCAAUCUGUGCUCAAUCGAUUUGGUCGGCGCCGAGACAAAGAAGUAUCCUUCAGUCAGCAAGCGCAUAGUCCCAUUGCCUUGGACUUUUUCUCUUCUAAAGUCCGUGAUAGUAAAUCGCAGGCGGCGACUCCGAUGACCUCAUAUUCGAGAGAUAGCGUCGAUGUUAGUGAGCUACAAAGCCCGGAGAUUCCAACGGAGCAAUGGAACAGCAUCGGAACCACACCGCACUCCAGCUCAGCGUCACCAAUUGCUACACAUUCAAGGUUAUUAGGGGGCAAGACCCCUGCACUGUCCAUUUCUGCCUCGCCAGACAACCACGGUCCGUCCAGACUCGGUUCUGGGGUAGGUACAGCACUUGCAUCGUCACUAUCACGAUCAUUCACAUUUGGUCCUUCUGCCGCCUCCUCGCCACCAACAAGCAGCGCUAAGAAGAAGACUAGCCCAAUAGGAAGCUUGAACAUUCCAGCGGCCGUCAGUUGGAGUGCUUCUCAGUUUCUUAACAGAGCCGUUUCAGCGAUACCAGAAUAUCUCAACUCUUCGAUGGUCAUCACGUCAAGGAGUCACUCGGAGGUAGAUAGCGAGAAGAAGAAAGACACACACAAACCGAUGAGGCUUCAUGUGUCACACAAGAAUCGUACAGCGUUUGACGCUGAUGAUUCUCCGGGCAGUCCAUUCAUCGACCGUAAACGAGAAGCAUUAUUCCAGACCUACCGCAACUCAUACGCUAACUUACUAUUUGUGUGGGAUCUGCCAAUCCAGCGGAGCGAGGUGUUGACAAUAGGUGCUCCUGUAGGGUCUGGGAGUGACUUGUCUGCAGGACAACGGCAAACCCAAUCAUCUAAGCAGCCGUCUUUUGGAACCCGUGGUCAGAAAGAUAGCUCAUUCACAAAACAAGUUACAGGUGAUACUCUGGAUGUUCAACGACAUUGUGCCGAGUGCGGGCAUGCGCUGUACAGGUCCGUUUUCUCCUCCGUUAAGCUGGAAGAUUUUAGUGGCAAAAUGGUGAAACCACCGCCACUUCCAAAAUGUCCCUCGUGUGCUGCUGUGCAGCCGCUAUCUGCUCACGUUGGGUGUGUUAUUUGUGGAGAAGUUGUUUCUGGAAUGUUCAUACCAUGCCUGGAGUGUGGUCACGUAUGCUGUUUCGAAUGCCACCAAGAAUGGUUCUCGCUCCAACAACUACAUACAGGUGGAACACAGGACCUUUCGGAUCUAGUCUGCCCAAGCCCGUGUGGUUGCAGCUGCACAGAGCAUUCUGAUAUGGUAGUCAUGCCAUCCCCCGCUGCAACGCCAACCUACGACGAAAGAGGAUAUCUACUCGGUGCACAUCAUCGCCUCAGGCCCGAGAUGGCAUCACGGUCUCAACAGAGUGUCAUGGCUGGACACACAGAUGAUGACUUGGAUGCAUGGCGUGGGGCAAACUUUGCUCGAGGACUCGGUGGAGGUCUUAGUCGUGUUCUGACAGCAAAUGCAACUGAUCGCAGCAGGCGAAGCAGUUCAUCAAACAGGAAGUUCCAGUUUGAUCGUAUCGAGACGAUGUGA